AUGGCUGAAACAGGGCCUCGAUGGUGUGGAGGAGGGAGGGAGAUGUUCGAGCUCAUGCUUGCUCCUCUGUUUCGUGCUUGGUGCUUGGUCCGGGCGCUGAGGAUCGAUUCCGUAUCUUGGGUUGCUUCCAAGUUCUUGGAUCGAUGGAGUAAAUCGGGGCCUGUCCCUGUUGUUCCUGGGCUGGGCUGGGCACUUUGUAAUAUGCGUUUCGUCUCAAGCCAAAGAAAGUGGUUCGGCUCUGGUGGUGAUAAGUCGGCCCUUGAGGGGAAGACUGCACAAGAUAAACCGAUCAGGCUCUCACUCAAAGUCUCAACCUUUGUUUACGUGCUUGAUAGUUGA